AUGCUCGCGCAGUGUACACGCCUUCAGACCGUGCAUCUGGCGGAUAUCCAAAUUGAAAGACCAUCAUUUUGCAACACGUAUGCAAGUGUCGAGAAGGAUGUCGAGAAGGCUGUUGGAGAUCUUGCUCUCCUGUUCACACAAUCGAUACAUCGACUUCGCAGGCUCACAAUCACUGGCAAUCCCGUGCCAGAGCCCGGUCUCUCUCUCGAACCUGAAUUUACACUCCAACUGGAUAGGGCGGGCUACAAAUUUGAAUGGAACUGGAGAACGCCCCUGGGCUCCGUCCUUCCUGCAGAGUCUUUUCCUCCAUUCAAACGCAAGCAUGGCGUGCCAUGUUUGAGCCUCGAGGGAAAAGAGCGGCUUGAAUCUGCUUGGCACAGCCUUUGCAGCAAUGAUCAGGAGCAAAAUCCUAUCAACCAGAAACAUCUUCAGGAGUGCUACCAAAGAACCCGGCUUCGCGUCUUUGGUGAGUCACGAUGUGACCUCGAUAAGACCCCCUUUGUGUCGGGGCGGACUCGCGCCAAGCAGCACAUGAUGGCCGAUCCAGCUCAACUUGAGGCUGCCUUUGCCAAAGAUCAAAAUCCGUUUAAUAGGAACAAGUCAUUCGUGCAUAUUACCGACAUGCGACUCCAGAGCGACGGGGUAACAAUCGAAGUCUGCAGCAUGUCCAAGGACGGCUUGUUGAUCUGGAGCACACUCGAAUCACGCCUAAGCGUGUACGACGAAGACGGCGAAAUCUUCUUCAUGAUGAGCCUCUUUUCACACAUUGAUUGCUGGUGUAAAGUAAGCCUACACGCCAAGUUGAACGUCGCGCCGCAUUUACUGCUUGACUUUGUCAAGGAUCGCGCAUGGGUGAACGAAGCUGCAGAGCGAGAUGCCCUACGGCGCAUCACUGUGACGCAGCGCACAUACGAGAGCACCAUGGCCGAAGCACAAGCAGUAGAAUUCUUCACGUCAGACAGCUUUAAAGCAAUCUGGAGCAGCAAGCAUCAGUAA